UCGAAUCUUCGCGGCAAAGUGAUUUUUGUCCAGUUGUUGUGGCAUCAUGGCUGGUGAAGCGGCAAAGGGAACCAUGGGCAUCUUCAUUGUCUUCGUGCUGUCUCGUGCAUUGCACCCCAUGGUCAUUGACUACUCCAAGGUCGAUGGGAAGAUGCUGUACUCCAAGAACUCCCCGGCAAUCAUGAGCCAGCUCCUCUCCAUGGUUUUCGUGAACUUCCUGGCUUGGCAAGAGGAAGGCAUGAAGGGUGUGAAGGCUUGCUGGGCGAUUCCAAAAGGUGCUUCCAUCUUCAUCGUCAUUGGUUUGUGGUAUGCCUUUGGCGACUUCUUGGAGAUGCUGUCCAUGGGUGCUAUGAAGGGUGGAGUGUACCAACUCUUGUUGCAGUCAAAGCUUUUGAUCACUGCUGUCAUGGUGAUGUACCUGAAGGGCACCAUGCAGAGCGAUCUGCAGUGGAGUGUGUUGGUUGCAGCAACCUUGGCCAUCAGUGCGUUUGUCAUGGUGGAUUCGGGCAGUUCUGAUGAUGCGGGCAUCCCUUUGAUGGGAGUGGCCAUGGUGCUGUUCAAGGUGGGUGUCUCUUGCUAUGCUGCGGUGCUUUCCGAUGCCAAGUUGAAGGGCUUCAGCAACAUGUCCAUGUCUGCCAAGCUGUCCUUGAUGUCCUUGUCCCGUGUCAUUGCCUCGAUCGCCAUUGCUGCUGUCAUGGAACCGGGAGUGCAACCAUCUUACCACGUGAGCGCUGCUGGAUUCUUUGACCACUGGACCCUGGCAACCUGGAUCGUGACCCUGUCCUUCACCUCCAAGUCUUUGAUCACUCUCUACCUGUUGAAGUCCUUGGAUGGUAUCCAGAAGAAUGUUGGUGAGGCUCUUGCAGUGAUCGUCAUCUUCUUGGGUCAGAUUGCGGCUGGCUCUUCCGUGUUCAACCUUUGCGCCUUCUUGCUUGCUUGCCUGGUAGUCAUCCUCGUUCGCAUCUAUGGGCUUGCCGGGAAGGUAAAGGCUAAGACGCCGGAAGCAGGAAAAACACCGGUGAUUCAGGCGAUUGCAGGAAAGAACGGAGCCACUGACCUGAAGGUUGCUAGCAUCAGCAAUAGCUCACCGUAGAGCGCCACAGAUGGCCACAGAUUUGUACUUCGAGAGCGCUGCUUUUCAAGAAGCCUAUCCUCUUCCUGAAAGGAUUUGUGAUAGAUUCUGCCUUACCAGCGCUCUGUUUGGCAUUUUCUUGGCCGUGAUGACUUAGUCAGAAUGGUUGCUUGAAUGCCACAGGCUAUUUUCGCGUCAGCAUUGUCCGCCCGCCUUUAAUCGGGUAACAGUGCGAGGGCACAAACUCGAUGCUUUUGCUGGAG